UUGAACAAGGAACAUUAAAAUAUUAUAUUCGGAAAUUAUAAGCUAUUUGGAAUAUAAGAAACACCAAGGAGCUGUUCAAGUUCAAAUCUUGAAGGAUUCAAAAUAUUUGAAGGAUUCUGAACAUUAAUUUUCUGACCAAACAAUGCCUCGCUACCAGAAGCUCAUCAACGAAGAGGACAACAUGCCAUCAACAUCAUCAUCAUCAUCCAGUUUUCAAGAGCAGCAGCCACAUCGCUUCCAGCGGCACCAGAAACCCAGCGUGGGCUAUCACCUGUACCUUUACCGCCAGCAACUCGCCCAGCGAAAUGUGGAGUACAUCCGGCUGUCCAAGGCCAAGUACUGCAUCACGGACACCCUGCUCUCCAAGACGGUGAGGAACCUCAAGGGCUGCAGCAUCGACGAGCUGAAGACGGUGAACAACCAGAUUGUGUUCCGGCACAAGCUGAAGCAUCAGAUCCUGCGCCUCCGCAAGCUGAAGAGCCUGGGCAUCAAGAAUGCCAAUCCCAAAAUGGAGAGCACCGACCUGUGAGACGAAGAGAUCCCGUAAAAAAGUCAUCUCUGUCUAUGAUUUAGGCAUAGGCUCGAGAAAGACUUGAUUGUGGUUUAGUUAAUACAUUUAAAAUUGUAAAUCUACAAGAAUUUCAAUUUACAUUUUUACUAAUUGAGAUGUUUGCAAUACAUUCCAUAAAUAGUUUAAGUGGCGGGCACUGCAAAAAUCAUACUUACUUUAAUAUUAAUCCAUUAAACUACUUUUUAAGCUAGACUUGAAGUUAAUAAAUAGGAUAAUAAAUAGAAAAAAUAAUUAAUAAAAUCAAAAUCAAAAUGAA